UCAGUGUUGUAUGUCACAUGAAGUUUUCACUCUUCUGAUUUAUACUUGUCUGGAAUGUAUAUGUAACUGGUUCAGAUCACUGAUGAUAUCCAAUGUUUGUUUAUUCAGGACAUUAGUAGAUAAGUCCUGGCAAUGAGCCAGGCCUCAUUUUGCUUAAUCAUUCUGCUUACUGUGAGAAAUGUUACAGUCGGAGUACACCACAAAACAACACAAGAGUAUUGCUGCUAGCUUCAACUUGCACUUUUAUCUGUCUUUUGUGAGAGACGGGUAAGGUUCUUGAAAAAAAAUACAAAAUCUGGACUGCCUCUGUGAUUCCAGCACUUUCACAAGACGCCUUAACCUUCAAAACACAGAACAGGAGACGAGGCUUUCCCUGAGAUUUACAAACCAAGGUGAAAACAAGGAGAAGGUGCAAGGUACCCUACUAGUUCCUUAUCAAUCUCACCAACAUCAUUUAGCUCAGCCUGAGGUGUAGGCCUUGAUGCUCAUUGCGGAAUCAAAAUGUGGAUGUUGAACUGGAAGGCUCUGGAAAAUUUUCCACUGUUGUUGUAUAUUCUGGCUGCCAAAACAUUAAUUCUUUGCUUAGCUUUUGCUGGAGCAAAAGCCUAUCAGAGGAAAAGGCUUGAAGAAAAAAUGAAAAGAGAACAAGAAGAAAGACUGAAAAGAGAAGGCAAAAAAGAAAACUGAGGAUUUUUGAGAGAUUGUUCAGCAUUUCCCAGUUCACAUGGAUUCCUUUCCUGGGAGAGUUGAAGACUUCACUGAAACGGAAUGCUAUGCCAGAGAAUGAGUUUCCCAAGAGGGGACAUUUAUUUAAACCAACAAUGUAUCAUUUUAAAAAACAUAUAAGAAUAUUUUGUCAGCUAUUUAUACAAUAAAAAAUUCCUUUUAUAA